AUCUCAUUUUUCUGAGGUUCUGAGAAGAAGCAGAAAUCCCCAUGAGCCGGAAAAACGAGUUUACCUCACAUAUAAAGAACUGAGACAACUUCCUCAUCACACACAUUUCACACACAUGAUCUAUCUGCCUGGAGACCUGAAACCAGAGGAAACCUUAAACACAGACUGAUCACUGAGAAAACUCUUCAACAAUCAGACGGAGAUGAUGGAGGACAACCGUGAGCGUAUCAUUGCCGUGGAGAACUCCUUCAGGUCAGGCGGGAAGCCUCUCCUCGUGCCAGGUCGUGUCCUGAUCGGAGAAGGUCGCCUGCUGAAGCUGUGCAGACGCAAACCGCAGCCCAAAGCCUUCUUCCUGUUUAAUGACAUCCUGGUGUACGGCAGCAUCGUGGUCCCAGGCCGCUGGAACAGCCACCAGAAGAUCCUGCGUCUGGAGGAACUGGAGCAGGAGAACCUGGAGGACGGAGUGGGAAUGAGGAACCAGUGGCUCCUCCGGACACCACGCAAGUCCUUCCACAUCUCUGCGGCGUCGCUGAAGGAGAAGCAGGCGUGGAUGGAGCACAUCGAGUGCUGCAGGGUGGAACGCCUGAAGCUGCUCGGUUUGCCCACCGCGAUGAAGCCGUUCGCUGCCAUCUGGGUCCCUGACACCGCCUCGACUGUGUGCAUGCGCUGCACAGAACCCUUCAACGUCACCCAGCGUAGACACCACUGCAGACACUGCGGCUUCGUGGUGUGUAACUCCUGCUCCAAGAGUCGCGCCGUCCUCACACACAUCUCAUCCAAACCAGUCCGGGUGUGUUGCCUGUGUACUGAAUCUCUGUGUGAACGGAACAUUAGCAACGGAUCGUUCCGGAAGAAGGACUCGAUCAAGGAGAUGCCUGAAUACGAGGAGUCCAGUGACGAGGACCAGGACGAGAACGACACACAUACUGCACGUUUCAAUGCUUACAGAGAAUCCAAGGCUCUGUACUGCUACUUUAACCCCCAACACCUCAAACCUCCACAACUGUAGUGUGGACUUCUACAGAACAUCGACACCUUCAAACAGGGUGAAGAAGACACUGUGAACAGUGAUAGUUCUCUACUAAAUAAGAGGACGAACACACACUCAUAAUCAUCAUCAGUUUCUCCAAACACUAUUUCCCUCACGUCAUCUCUUCCUCUUCAUCCACACCUUUCCAUGUUCCAGUGAGAGGAACCGGUUCCACAGGAGCUCGGGACAAUGUGGGAUUCAACACUAAUGUGAACAACUACACGAUAUAAAAACAGAAACAUGUUCAUAACUUCUUUAAUAUUAUUGUAAUCUCAGUCUUCGUGACAGUGAACAGUUUGUGUCUGAAUUCUGAUGCUGAGGUCCAACAGAAAUGUUCUGCACUUUUGUAAAUCAUGAUUUUAUCAGAAACAACAAUCAUUUUCAUCAAAUGAAUAACUCUGUCACAUCAUGUUCUCUUUAUUUAUGUAUUUAAUGAGCAUUAUAAGGGAGAAUUGUUAUUUUGUGCGACACGGUGGAGAGAGCACAGGAGGGAGUCGCGCUCAGUGACGUCACUGCUCUGUGCCGAGUCGCCCUCUAGUGGUUGCGCGAGGUGUGACACUGUUUAAAAAUGUCUGUGGAUUAUAUGACUAUUUAUCAUUUAAUAUUAAUUUUAUAAUUCAAGUACGAAUAAAUAUCAUUAUAAAAACAA